AUGGAAAACACCACCACUGCGGGCGAUGGCAAUUUCAUGGAUACUCACCAAGAGGAAUUUGCAUGGAGCGUAGUACAAUCUGUUAUUACCUUCUUCGUUAUCCUCAACAACACCGUGGUUAUUCUGGCGUUUGCCGUGUUCCCCACGAUCAGGAACUCUCAGUCCAACCUCUACAUAUUGAAUAUGUCUGUCACAGAUCUGCUGUUGGGAGUUCUUGGUCUACCAUUAGCUAUUCACUACAGCCGGAGCGAGACUUGGAUAUUUGGAUACGUAAGCUGCAGCUUCUAUGAAUCAGUAUUGAUUGUCUUCUCACACGAGUCGAUAUUCAGCGCAAUGAUGCUCUGCUUAGACAAAUAUAUAUUCAUAAAGUACCCUCUGCACUACUACUCCAUAGUCACGCGUCGUCGAAUUUUGUUCUCACUUGCGAUAACCUGGCUCGCGUCGUUAGUAUUUGGCGUUUUCCCGACUUUUACCAGACUUAAUGAAGAGUAUCGCCUUAGAGGUGAACGAACAUAUCCUUUAUGUUUCUCUGUUACAGUUGAGUACGUAAUUGUAGGCAUGUGCUUAAACUUUAUUCCCCUAAAUAUUAUAAUUUACGUCAAUUAUUUUAUCUUUAAAACAUUGCGUAAACAGCUUCGUUGUCGGGUGCGACCAAGUGUAGCCAAUGACCAAAACAGUGCAUCGGAAGAAAUAACCAGGAAUGAGCGCCAAUUAAAACCCGGGGAAAUUAAGGUCAUUAAAACAAUGAUACUAAUUGUUAUCGUUCUAUUAUGUCUAUGGAUACCGUUCUUUGUAUCCCUUUUGACAAACUCUAUAUGUUUUUGCCUUCCGCCCGAAGUGGUUGAAUUUGCAAUGUGGCUAGGUUUCUCGAACUCGGCUAUAAAUCCAGUGUUGUACGCAUUUAAGAAGGAUAUUCGCAGCGCAUUCUCAAGAAUUUGUCAUUGCCGGUUCCAUAUGUUAUCCGUUCGAGACAAUGAACUAUCGAUAACAGCUACCGAUGGGAGACGCGUUAACGUGAACACGGUUACCCAUGCGUAG